UCUUUUUUAUUUAUUUUUAUCAUUAUCUUCCACAGUAGACUCCAAUAGCAAUAAUACUUUCAUAUAUACUAUUAUUCCUACCAGGAAACGGUUUAUUAAUAUGUAAUAAACGAAGGGUUUUAUCAAUGAAUAUGAGAAACGGAAAUAAUAAGAAGCGAUCAGAAGUGAGUGUGGGAGCAAGUGAAAGACUCUAUCUCGGUUUGGACUUUGGCACUUCCGGUGCCAGGUUUGCCAUUGUCAACAACCUUGGCACAAUUCAAGCCGAAGCUAAGAGACACUAUCCUCUAUACUCGGGACCAAUGUGAUCGACAAUUUUCAAAUUUAGAGAUUAUUUUGGAAUUUCGUUAAGUUGACAACAUUCUACAAUUUCGCGGACUAAAUUAAAUGUACCAAAGUAUGCUGAGGUUUGUGUUUCUCUUGUCUAGAAAGAAUGGAGAGUCACGUGAUUGGGUACGCUCAUGGAAGGAGACACUUUUUUUGUUGCUUGAAGAUAUCCCACUUAACAUUCGCAAACACAUUGUGUCCAUUUCUAUUGAUGGCACAUCUGCAACUACUAUCAUUGUUGAUAGUGACACAGGAGAACCAUUGUGGAGACCUUUUCUUUAUAAUGAGAGUUGUCCUGAAGCACUACCUGCUGUUAAAUCCAUUGCCCCUCCAAAUCAUACAGUAUGCUCUGCGCCGUCCACUCUGUGUAAGCUCGUCUCGUGGUGGAAUCGUGACGGUUCAAACAAAAAAUCAGCUCUGUUGUUGCACCAAGCAGAUUGGCUUUUGUGGCUUCUUCAUGGAAAACUUGGAGUUUCAGAUUAUAAUAAUGCUCUAAAGGUUGGAUACGAUCCUGAAGUGGACUCAUAUCCAUCGUGGCUAGUUUGUCAACCAUAUUAUAAUCUUUUGCCUUCAGUUGUUGCCCCAGGAACUCCAAUUGCUUGUUUAAAAGAAGAACUUAGAAAUAAAUUUGGUUUUCAGAAGGACUGUGUUGUAUGCACCGGAACCACUGAUAGUAUAGCUGCAUUUCUUGCAGCUCAGGCUACUCAACCUGGAGAAGCUGUCACUUCAUUGGGUUCAACACUUGCUAUCAAACUAUUAAGCAACACAAGAAUUGAAGAUUCUCGGUUUGGGGUGUAUAGCCAUCGCCUCGAUGAUAAAUGGCUUGUUGGUGGUGCUUCAAACACUGGUGGAGUUGUUCUUAGACAGCUAUUCACUGAUGAUCAACUAGAGAAACUGAGUGAACAAAUCGAUCCCUCGCAAAUCUCUCUUCUGGACUACUAUCCUCUGCCAAAAGCUGGUGAAAGAUUUCCGGUUGCAGAUCCAGAUUUAGCUCCAAGGCUACUUCCACGUCCAGAAAAUGAUGUUGAAUACUUGCAUGGGAUUUUGGAAUCGAUUGCACGUAUAGAGGCAAAGGGAUAUGGAUUGCUAAAGGAGCUAGGUGCAACCGAGGUAGAUCAAGUUUUCACAGCCGGUGGAGGAGCAAAAAAUGAGAAGUGGACAAAGAUACGAGAGAGGGUGCUUGGUUUACCUGUGAGUCGUGCAAGUCAAACAGAAGCUGCUUAUGGAACUGCAUUGUUGGCUAUAAAAGGUGAUCAACAAAAUAUUUUGUGAAAACUCUUGGCCUAAUUACACCCCCCACCUGUUUUGUGAGGUCAAGGUGACAAGGAGACCAUCUGAACUUGCUGAUGUUGUUUGAAGAUCAUUUUGUCAUUCAAAAUGUUCUUUCCUUAAAAUGAAAACUUUCGUGGAAGAUGAUGUUUAGAAGAUGAUGAUUUCUGUUUCCUUAAUCUUUGAAAAAAUUAUGUAACUUAA